CCGCCCCGUUGCCAUGGCGCCCGGGCCCGCAACCCGGCGGCCGGAAGAGCACCCGAGUCCUAGCGAGCUCCGGCGGCCCUGGGCGCCCCGGGCCGAGCCCCAGGGUGGGGCAGCCGGGCCCAACCUCAGGUGCCGACCCCAGGCGCCACAUGCCAGCCCCUGUCCCAGAUGUCUGACCCGUGCUGGGAGAAGGCUGCUGCCUGCAGGAGGCUUGAGAAUGGCCCGGGGCAGAGCCGGAGGCCAGGCACGGCCAGCGUGCGUGUGUGGGAGCUGAGUGGGCAGGGCCAGCGCAACCCCUGCCCACAGAGCAGGGAUCCAGGCGACCAUAGGGGUGACCACGGGGAGUCGCUGCUAGAGGAGUGCCUGUCACCUACUCGGCUGAUCUGGGGCUUCACUGACACUCCAAGACCAAGCAGGCCCUGCCAAGCCCUCUCUCUUGUGUGUGGGGGCACGUGGCAGGCCCUGGCCCGGGGGGAUGACCUGGCACUGGUGCGCACGCUGGAGAUGACAGUGGACACUCGAGAGAACAGCCUGGGUAGCUUCGCCCUGCACCUGCCCAGCCUCAGGGAGCUGAAGCUUAACGGCAGCCGCCUGGGUUCCGUGCGGGACCUGGGCACCUCCCUGGGCCGCCUGCAGGUGCUGUGGGUGGCCCGCUGCGGCCUGCGGGACUUGGAUGGCAUCGGCUCCCUGCCGGCCCUGAAGGAGCUGUACGCCUCGUACAACGACAUCGCAGAGCUGAGCCCGCUGUGCCAGCUGGAGGCGCUGGAGGCCCUGGACUUGGAGGGCAACAGCGUGGAGGACCUGGGCCAGGUGCAGUACCUGCGGCUGUGCCCCCGGCUGGCUGCGCUCACGCUGGACGGCAACCCCGUGAGCCUGCAGCCCGGCCCCGCCCACCAGUGCGGGGCCUCCCUGCCUCCGCCGCAGGGACCCGGGGACUGCAGCUACCGGGUGGAGCUGCGGAGGCUGCUGCCACAGCUGCGGGUCCUGGACGACGUGCCGGCCGCCCACACCGGCUGCCCAGGACCCCUGGAGCUGGGCCGGGACCGGCUGCUGGUGAAGGAGGCCAUCAAGGCGUGUGGUCUGGACGGCCACUACGCAGGGCUAGAUGCACCCCGUGGAGCCCCCCUUCAGAGACCUGCACCUCCACCGUCCCCACUGGAGCCCCAGUCUUGGGCACCCUGGCUCUGGCCCCUGUCCCAGGGCCUGCAUUCCAAGGACCAAGUGGCAGAGGAUGACACCAGCAACCUCACCCACGGCGCCAGCCGAGUCCUCUGCGGAAACCCCACCAGAGGCCUGUGGGAGCGGAGACAGCAGAGCCAGGCCCGGGUGUCUCGGGAGCCGUCCCCACACUGGCCGGAAGCUCUGACCAGCGUGUCCACCGGGGACCUUGACCCUGCUGUUGGCCCUGAGCUGCCUGCUGGGACCCCACUUCCAGCCCUGAGAGAGCCGUGCCUGGGGCAGGUGCACCCCACCCCCCUGUCUGCAGGUCCCGCCAGGUAUCCGGGGUCUCAGCAGCCAGGGGCUUCAGUGCUACAGAGCCCAAGGAGGGGCCCCAAAGAGAAGGAAACGGCUCGGGCCACGACCUCCCCCAGCCCCCCGAGGCUGACCCCAGAGCCUUCCGGGACCCCGAGCUGUGCUCUGACGCCCUCACCUCCCAGGCUCCCCAUGCCACCUGGUUUGGGCAGCUCCUCGCGGGGCCCCCUGCAGCUGCAGUUCCGGGGUCGCCGGCUCAGAGCCCUGGGUAGCCUGGGGCCCGGCCUGGGCCAGGGGCUGGCUGCAGUAGCCACUCUGAGAGCCCUGGCACUGGGGUCAGAUCCGGAGCCCGGCCCCGACCCAGCGGCCAGACCCCCAGGGCUGGGGUGCAUGCCACACCUGAACCCCAUCACUCCAGCCCACCGCUAGUGUGAGGCCCAGACUGCAGCAGGGGUGUCGCCCCCACUUCUCCUAGGUGUCCGGAACCCCGGGCAUCUGGGCAGGCUGGAGAUAGGGGUCUGAGGAAGGGACCCUGGCCUGGUGACGGUGGGCCAGGGCAUCCGGCCUGGCCACUGCUUGCGCUGGCCCACUGAGGGGCACUCCCUGGGCUCCAAGGAAGAGGGAAGGGUGCGCCAGACCAAGCGAGUCCCCCAGCUCUCAGCUGUGCAGAAGUCUUUAUUCCUGUUACUGGGGGUGUCAAUAAACUCCGCAGCCUGCA